GUAGGCUCUUCGACUCGCGUCGAAUGGUAAUUCCUCGGCUGACGGUAUCUUCUAGCACUCAUCAUUUCGCAGUAUCCCAAGUUCCGCCAAGCUGGAUGGUGCCGCGAGCAACCCGCACAUCGGAGACUGCAUUGUACCACUCGACUCGACCAUCUACGUGUCAAUGAUGGACCCCCUUGGGAAGCCGGCUUUCAGGCCGAGCCCAACGAAACCGAUCCCCCUAUGGAUGCAGAUCUCUCCUCAGAGCCCGGCCUGGCAGCAGCACACGCUAUUGCCAGCAAUACGUCCACGCUCCUUGCUCGAUGACCAUUUCCCAACACCGAAUCGUGGUCAAUCCGCAACGCCGCAAGACGAAGCAUUUCCGCCUCUUGUAUCAUGCCCAACAAGUCCAGAGCAACUCCACCUGAUUCCAUCUCGUCGUGCUUCUCCAAUGGUGCCCCUUGGAGUGGAGGAAGACCUUGCCUGGCCUGAGCAGCCUAGUGUCAUCAUGUCUCCCAAGGGGCCGUCUUUCGUCAAGACAGAGCCGCUCGUGCGCCCAUCGUCGCGAGUGAUGGGGUUUGGUAGCACAGAUCCUGAUGACGUCAAGCCUAGUCAUGCUGUUCGUCAACCGACCGUGUUUGAGGAGCACGAGCCGACACCACAGCAGGAAGGUCUGUAUGAUUACCCUAGGCAGGCUCACAUUUACACGAACGCGAGCGACAGCCUCCCGCCGCAGUCGGACUAUCCUCUAAACAAUACGUCUCCAAGUGUCCACUUGGCGGGAAGGGCCGGUGGCCGGUCAAUACUGCCAUACGCAUCGGUCUCGCUUGAUAGAGCUCGUGUAGGUGGCAAUCAGCAAGUCACGCCCGGUCAACUACUCCCGUCCGCCUUCGGUCUGCCGCCAUCUCCUCCGCACCCAACAUCGCGUCUUCCCCUUCUGCCAACUCAGAUUUCUGCACCCCAGUCACGGGAAUAUCUGGAUUCAUACCACGUCGAAGGAGUCUCGAAGAGCUUCCCGACACGGCUUCGCGGCAUAUUCUCCGAGCAAACUCUGAAGCGAGAGGCAAAUAAGAGAGCGCGGUUGAAACGGGGAAUCUUUGGUGACAGAUCUCGAUUGCCGGCACCAAAGCCUUCUUCUGAGAUAGGUCGUGUACGGAACUAUACUCCUGACAUGCAUGCUAGUGACAACCAUGUUAUUCAGCAUGGCAGUAUGCAGCGAAUUCCUCAGGAUUCCAGGCGUGGAGGAGAAACAACGCAAGGGCCAGCUCAAGGACUGCAGGGCUAUCUGAGCCUGGGCAAUCUGCGGAGCCGGAGUCCGCUGGCGAUGAGCGGUGUCAGGCCGGGAACUGUAGCUCGGCUAUCGCAGCAGGCGCAGCAAAGAGACCACUAAACCAAGGCUUAUCCCGGCUCAUGAGCGCUUUGCCGUUGCUGUAAGGUA